AUCGAUUCAAACGAUCGAUUUUUUGGCUUGAAAAGUCGAUUCUUCGAUUAAACGAUCUCAGACCGCCAUCCCUAAUUUUAAUUUUUAAUAUUUUUUCUAGUACGGUUUUCACAAUUUUCCGUAAUUCGUUUCGCUGCUUUUCGGCAUUUCGGCCGCUGCCCGCUUUCGCAAUUCGCCUUUUCAGUUCCACUCAGUUACUUGUCUUUCUAAAUAAUUUUAGUGAUUAUAACAAAAUUAAUGAUGCGUUGUGUGUAUUAAAUUGUAUCUUUUGAAAUUUUUAACAAGUAACCUUCACGGAAUAGUUCUGGCUUAAAAACAUAGAUUGAACUUAACUAUGUCUAGUAAGGCGGAGGAAAAUGCUCUGCGAUACAGAAGAGCUCAAAGUGUAACAACGGCAGAAGAAAUCACAGAGAAGGAGAAAAAAGCUCGAAAAUCACAAUUAGAUAAACCAAUACACAAACCUAGAGAUUCACUAUUUUCAUGGAGCUCAGAAUUUACAGACUUCACUGGAUUAGUCAAUUGGGGGUUUCUCCUGCUGACAGUGGGAGGACUUCGACUGUGCCUCGAAAAUUUUAUUAAAUAUGGCAUCCGUGUGAAUCCUAUUGAAUGGCUAAUUGUGUUAACUGGCUACAAUGAAGGGGACAAUCGCCAGUAUCCCUCUGUUAUAUUACUGAUAUUUUGUGUGGUGCCUGCUGUAGUGAGUUUAUUAAUCGAGAAAGCUAUAGCAGUGGGUAUCAUUUCACCGAAAAUUGGAGUUGGGCUGCAAAUAUUUAAUAUUGUUGCGGAGAUAAGCCUUCCUGUGAUAGUGCUGUAUAUCAAAGGGUUGGAAUUCAGUUUUGUUGGAAUAACGACCGUAUGCCUAAUAUAUUUGGUGCUAUUUUUGAAACUUUGGAGCUACGUACAAACGAACCAUUGGUGCAGACAAGGGAUGAAAGGGAAGCAAUACAAGAAUACUUUACGACGACAGAGCCUAUCAGCACCUAACUGGAAUAACCUUGUUAACGCAGUACAGGAGCAAACGGUAGAAGACGAGAAAGCGGAAGGGAAGUCGUCUACUCUGGUGAAAUACCCCGAUAAUUUGAACCUCAAAGACUUGUUUUACUUCCUUUUGGCUCCCACCCUUUGCUACGAGUUGAAUUUCCCUCGCACGACUCGUAUCAGAAAGAGGUUCCUAAUAAAGAGGAUCAUUGAAGUGGUAUUCGGCGUGAAUUUAGUGCUAGCCUUGUUCCAACAAUGGAUGAUUCCGUCUGUCAAGAAUGCGGUAGAUCCGUUCUCACAGAUGAGCGUCAUCAAGAUAACCGAACGCUUGCUGAAACUCGCCGUGCCAAACCACUUAAUAUGGCUGUGUCUGUUCUACUUGAGCUUCCAUUCGUUCUUGAACCUGAUGGGCGAGCUACUGCACUUCGCGGACCGCAACUUCUACAACGACUGGUGGAACGCUAACAACAUCGCACAAUUCUGGAGCACGUGGAACAUGCCCGUACACGUGUGGGCUGUGCGCCACGUGUACAUCCCUAUCACCGGCCUGGGCUUCAGUAAGGCCUCCGCCAGUAUCGUCGUGUUCUUCAUAUCGGCCUUCUUCCACGAGUACUUGGUAAGCGUCCCGCUGCAAAUGUUCCGUAUAUGGGCGUUCCUGGGUAUGAUGGCCCAGCCUCCGCUGUCGGUCAUCUCGAAGCUGGUGCAAGCGAAGCUGGGCGCUCGCUGGGGCAACAUCAUAGUGUGGAGCUCCCUCAUCCUGGGCCAACCGCUCGCUAUCAUGAUGUACUACCACGAUUAUGCGCUCCUACAUUUUGCGCCCAAACAAUGAUUGCAUUUCUUUUUUAUUGCGUUUCCUAAUAGUUUUAAAUCUUUAUGUAUAACCUUAACAUUUUAUACUUUGGGAUAUCUAUAUCUAUAUACUGUUGAAAAUAAUCGUCGUGUUAUAUUCGAAACACAUGAAUUUUAAGCGCUUUGGAAACUUUCAAACUUUUUGUUUAAUCAAACUUGUUUGACAGUGAAUUUGAGGUUUUGUUUGAAGUGUUUGUUAAACAUUGUUUAAUAAAUAAAAAAGUCAAGUUUGACAAGCAAGUUUUUGAAGUUUGUCAAACACGUUUGAUCGUUUUCAGUGACUUUUAUGCAAGGUCAUUUUGCGAACGACUAGUUAGCCUUUGAUUCUUAUACCUGGUGUUGAGUGACUGUCUUCUAAUAUCGUAGCGCGUUAACUGGGAAGGAGUAUUUAUUUUUAAUCCACAUACCUAGUUUAUAUGAUACUAGGUACGGAAAGCUAAAUCGCUUGAAGCCGUAUUUAUGUUUGUCUGACGUGUCGUGUCGUGACGCAUUAGAACAGAAUCGGUAUCAUGUAUCGGUAUCAUCAUGAUGUGCCGCAUACAAAAUGUGUGAUACCGAUUCUGUUCUGUUGCGUCACGACACGACACGUCAGACAAAUUUAAAUCCGGCUUGACGGCCAGUUUGUCAGAGGCAACUAGUCACAGUCAAAAUCAUCCGACCAAAUCUAUAUCCAAGUAAAUUUUUUUUAAAGACGUCAUACAGUCCUAUUGUGCUUCUUGCAAAUGAGCAUAUUUAUUCUGUUUCUUUUGCAUUAUUUAUUUUAAUUUUUUUUUAUUUUAUAUUGGCUGCUAUAACUUACUAAUUAAAUUUUAGAUAAUCAGGUGGUUUUUGUGUUCCAAAGAGAUUGCAUGACAAUUUAAUAUGGCCAUAAUUAUUUGUACUCAAUCAUUGUAGUUACUAUAUGCAUUGUUGAAAGGUAAAUUAUUUGUUGGUUGUAUUUCAUAUUUUAUAAGUCGUUGUUGUUAUUACUUAGGCGUAAGUAUUACAUUUUUUUAUAAUAUUUACAAAUUUUGAGGUGCCGUAUUUAGAAAGACUGAGAUUUUAAGAAUGGGGAUGAUGACUGGGUUUGAAUGUAUUGAUUUUUAUGAUACAUUCGGGUAAAUAAGGUCAAUGUUAACUAAUUUAUACAUAAAAAGCAAAGAUUGUCUGGAUAUUUGCAAAAUAAAUGAGAUUAUAAAAUUUCAAAAUCUGUUAAAAAUCUUUUAUCGUAAUUAGGUGAAAAUUUAUACAGUUUUAGCUUCCUUACAUUAAAUGUGACAUUUUUUAAUAAAUGAACUAUAAACAUAAACGCACAAAUAACAAAGAUAUUAGUAAUUUUGUUUGAACGCACUUACAAAUCUAAUCAUCAUUACAUUAACUACGUCGUCAUUAGUUCGUGCCAUUUUGUAUGGGGCGUUUUUCAGGGAUCCGCAGCAGCGCCGCAAAUCUGACCCUUUAAAUCCCUGUAGCUCCGAAAGUAUUGAUCGCAGAUACCCUGUUCCUUUUACAAAAUUGCUUUACUAUUAGCAUACUCUUAAUUUAUAUAUAAUUUAAAAAACUGUCAUCAUCCCUAUUUAGAAGAUUUAUUAAUAUUUUUUGACUGUUUCUGAGUUUUCCAUAAGUUAUAGUUUCGCAAAACGAACAGUAAAUGUACGUUGUUACGUCCACGAGGCUAUUUCUGAUAAUUAAAAAUAAAAUAAGUACUACAUAAUUUUGUAUACCUCGAAGUUGAAUCUUGAUGUAAGAAGUAAUAACAAACCUAACAACAUACAUUCCUAUGUAGGAUUAAAGAAAUAUAUUUACAUAAUUUUUCAUACGAAUUAAAUAUUUAUUUAUACUUUCUACUUAAGUCAUUAUUAUUAAUGUAAAAAUCACAAAUGAUGUGUGAACUUUUUAUAUAAAAGCAUUAAAUUUUAAGAAAAUAUUUUUUUAGAAAAUAAUAGAAAUAUAUAACAAUUAAAAAUGGCGAUAGAUUUAAUUAAUGCAAUAUGGAUAUAUUUAUAUUUGGAAUUUUGAUAUUACUGGGUCUUAGUAUUAAGAUUUAAUUUUAUGUGAGUGCCUUAAAUAGAUAAUAAAUAUAUAACUACAAGCGCCAAAAAAACAAGAAUUUAAUGAAGUGCAAAACACUGUGAUAUGCAUUUUAGAUACAAUGUCAUUUUAUGUAUUUUUAUAUGUGAUUUUAUACGAUAAUACAGCAAUAAUGAUUUUUUAUAAUAUUUCCACCAUUACUUUUUUCAAUAAAAGCAUGUUUAUUAAUAAUAA